UUCUGCUUCCUUCAAAGCUCGCAAGAAGUCCACCGCAAUCGCCCGACAGCCUUCCGAAGUAGACGAUGUUAUCACCCUCUUACACGGCUCUGAUCCAGUCCGCGUCGAGCUCAGCCGCCUUGAGAAUGAACUCCGAGGUUUACUAAUUUUUUUCUCCCCAGAAUGUGUAUUGGAGAAGUGCGAGGCGCGUUAUGCCGUUGCAUUCGUUGCUUGUUAAUUCCUUCUUUUUUUUAAAAAAAAAAAUUGCUUGUUCGGGUUCUCAUGAAGAAAUUCUGUGGGAAAAAGAGAAAAUCAAACCUAAAGAGGAAUUUGGCCAAAAAAAAAACUAAAGAGGAAUUUUGACAAAAUGCUGUCGGGGCACUAUAUCGACUGUGGUCUUCUGUCAAGGAAACAACGUCGAUUCAACUUAGCGAACUUUAUGACGAGCAAAAAAAAUAGCUAACUUUAUCAAUGACAAGAUUAUUCUAAUUGAACUGCAUUAGUUUCACGCUGAAUUUGAUGUAUAUAUCUUGGGAUAUCUUUAUCAAUUAAAUAAUACUUCCAUUCUUUCCACAACAUGCAAAUUUGGCCAUUUUGGCAAUAAUUAUUUGUUUUUUCUGUAAGUCAGGGUCUUUGAGGAAUGAAUCUUAGAUAUGAUUUUUUACCUAUUAUGAUGGAUAUUGUCCCGGACAUCCAUAAAUAAAUAUAUUGCAUAAGAAUGAAUUAUGGAAUGUAAAUGCUAUCUUGCAUUUUUCCUAAUAUCCCUUUUUCCUUGUCACCUUUGAAAUAGAAACAGAACAACAUUCUCUCUCUCUCUCUAAUCAAUGUUAAGUUGUCAUCGCCAUUUUGCUCGGAAAACUGUUGCUGUCAAAUGGAUCUUUGAACCAAAGCAUGAACUUUAUAUGCUGCAUGCGGUCAAAUUGAGGCAUCAUUUUAGCAUAGCUCAGGAUCUGGUUCGAAUCAUCCUAUAUAUAGAUGGAUAGGUUGUGGAUAUUCUCUGUUUAGAUACCUAGAUUGGGGAGUUAAGGUAUGAAGAUGGUUUGUUCUUCUGAUGGAUCUUAUUUGUUGUAUGCAUUAUGAUCAAAAUAUUAUUCCCACUUAUUUUGGGUAGAUGCGUUGCUAUCCUGCCAAUAGUGUUAAAUUCUGGAGCCCAAGGUACAUUAUAUAGCGCACUUGUAUUUUCCCAAGAAUCAAUACCACGCCUGUAUUCAUCACUCCCGUCUUUCAUUUGUUUCUUUAUAACUGAUAAGUUCUCAUCAAUUGAAAAGUCAGAAUCUUAUUUAAAAGAUAAUUCUCUUCAUUAGAGUGGGGUGUGCCCUUGUUUUAAUAAUGAGCAUCAUUGAAUAUUGUUUCACUUGCAGAGAAAGAUAGAGAGCUUGGGGAGGCUCUUGCAGAGAUUAGGUCCUUAAAGAACUCAGAACGUCUUAAAGAAAAAGCAGUGCAUGAGAUAACAGAUGAGCUGAACAAGGUGGAUGAAAAACUUAAAGCAACUGAAGCUCUUCUGGAAAAACCUUGAAUUAAAAAAAGUCAAUGAUGAGAAAAAGGCAGCAUUGGCCGCUCAAUUUGCUGCCGAAGCCACACUAAGAAGAGUUCAUGCUGCUCAGAAAGAUGAUGAAAUGCCUCCUAUUGAAGCUAUCAUCACACCUCUGGAAGCAGAGCUCAAGCUGGCAAGGAUGGAGGUUGCAAAGUUGCAGGAUGACAAUAGAGCACUAGAUCGGCUAACCAAAUCAAAGGAGGCUGCCCUUCUUGAGGCUGAGAGAACUGUUCAAAUUGCCAUGGCAAAGGCAUCCUUGGUUGAUGAUCUUCAAAACAAGAACCAAGAACUAAUGAAACAGGUUGAGAUAUGCCAGGAGGAGAACAAAAUACUGGACAAAAUGCAGCGGCAAAAGGUGGCUGAAGUUGAAAAGCUAACCCAAACAGUUCGUGAGCUUGAGGAGGCUGUCUUGGCUGGUGGGGCUGCUGCUAAUGCUGUCCGUGAUUACCAGCGGAAAGUGCAAGAGAUGAAUGAGGAGAAGAAAAUUUUGGAACGGGAAGUUGCACGUGCUAAAGUUUCUGCAAACAGGGUUGCCACUGUUGUUGCAAAUGAGUGGAAAGAUGCUAACGACAAAGUGAUGCCUGUUAAACAGUGGCUUGAAGAAAGAAAAUUUUUCCAGGGUGAAAUGCAGCAGCUCAGAGAUAAACUAGCUAUAGCUGAGCGCACUGCAAAAGCAGAAGCACAAAUGAAGGAGAAGUAUCAACUGCGAUUCAAAGUUUUGGAAGAAAAGAUUAAAGCAUCCAAUGGUAAUUCUAAAAUCAUUGCAUCAGACGUAAGAAACAUUGCCAGUGGACCUUCAAGGCGUCAGUCUUUUGGAGGAGCCGAGAACCUCUCUGGAUCCUCCAAUGGAUAUCUAUCAAGGAAAAGCUCAAGUUCAAAAUCAGGGUCAAUACGAUCAAACAGUGCCAGCGUGUUAUUAAAACAUGCCAAACUCUCUUCUAGAUCAUUCGAUGGUGGUAUUAGAUCCCUUGAGAGAGAGAGGCCAACUUCAAAUGGGAGCGGGCAAGAUAACAUGCCAGCCAAUGCCAGUGAUCAAACCACCUGUACUGAGAAUGUCACUGCAAGUGAGGAAAGUGCAAAUGAUGCGCCAAUUGAAAAAUCUAAAGCAGAACAUGAAGACCAUGUUUCUGGAAUGCUGUAUGACAUGUUACAGAAAGAGGUUAUAUAUCUGAGGAAAGCUUGUCAUGAAAAAGACCAGACCCUUAAAGACAAGGAUGAUGCAAUUGAGAUGCUCGCAAAGAAGGUUGAUACAUUGAACAAGGCUAUGGAAGUUGAGGCCAAAAAAAUGCGUAGGGAAGUAGCUGCCAUGGAAAAGGAAGUUGCUGCCAUGCGGGUUGGCAAGGAUAACGAUCAUAGGGCAAGGCGAGCUAGUGCUCCAAGGGGUGCUGUAAAUAGUUCUCAUUUAGUUUCUUCCAGGACCGGACGUAAUUUUUAGGUGAAAUUUUAUUGGCUGUGAUCCUCGGGCAAGGAUGGCCAGACAAAAGGUUAUCUUAUGAAUUAUUUUUCCCCUCUGCGCUGAAUAGAAUGGUAUGAUUUUUCAUAAUUUCCUCCUCCUUUUUUCUUUUCUUCGUCUCAGUUUAAUUAAGCUGUCUCGGCCAGGGGGGUCGUGUGUAAAGGGACUUUGUGUUUUCCCGGAAACCUUGUCUUGUACAUUUCUUUGUAUACUAUGUCAAGAAAGAAAAUUUAUAAAAUUAAUGAUUCCAUGA